AUGCCCCCGCAACUCUCGAUAUUCGGGCGGACAGCCCUUGCAGCCGGUGCGGCGGUAGUCUCGCUAGCUAACCCGGCACGUGCCGACCUGAUCGCCGUACUCGGCGAUCUAACGAGCCAGCCGGUGCUGCGUCGUCUACGCCGCCGGAUCAACUCAACCCCAGAGGGCCGUUCGAUGCUGGAUGCGCUCCACCCAGCUCGCUUCCCCGAGCACGGCAGCGACUCCCUCAUCGCCAUGCGCUCGCUCCCCAACGGCACGUUGGGUCGCGAGUACGCCCGGUUCAUGGACGUCCGCCGCUUCACGCCAGAAUCGCGCUCUGCCGUGCGCUUUGUCGACGACCCCGUCGAUGCCUGGGUGCUCCAGCGCUACAGAGAUGUACAUGAUGUGUGGCACGUUCUCACGGGAAUGCCCACCACUGUGCUUGGCGAGCUGGCGCAGAAGUGGUUUGAGGCUGCCCAGACAGGGCUGCCUGUUGCUGUGAUUAGCGCCGUGUUCGGGCCGCUCAGGUUGAAGGCGGAGGAGAGACGAGUCUUGGUAACCGAAUUGGUACCGUGGGCUGUCGCUACCGGGCGACGGGCGCCGGAUCUGAUGGCCGUAAAGUACGAAGAUCGCCUGGAGGACUCGUUGGAAGAUCUGAGGACGGAGUGGGGGAUUCAAGUGCCGGACGUAAAAAUGAAGGGAUUGAAGCGGAAGCAGGCGUAGGACGCUGGAUUUGAGCAGCUAUUUGUGGAGACCUGCGGUAUGCGAGCACUUGAACUUUGAGAGUUUUGGUUCAACCAUGCUGCAAGCCUCCACAUUGCGCAUUCAAAAGUCUGACGCCAUGCCCGAGCUUGUAUCACAAUGCUGUGCUGUGAACUUGAGGUGCAGCAGUACAACUCUGUCGCAGGAUAGAGAGUUGUUGACGCCAGUGUAGAGCAGGACCCGGUGCAAUCUCUGUUCCUUCCUACGUUCGUGGAAGUGAUCAUCCCCUUAGUACCGGAAAACAAGCUCUUUGAGCGGCUAUGCGUUGAGUCGCGCGUCAGAUCGCCUUAACUGCCGCUGAGAUGAUGACGUGCGAAUUUCGCUGAGCUACACAAAUAUCGCCCAAUGCAGACUUUUACAUUAUGUUCUGCAUUGCAAAGAACUCACUUGCACAGUCUACUAGAGAAGUACGUGUGCUGCAUGCGCUUGUCAUUCUGCCGGAAACCUGCAUUCGUUAGCCCUGUCAGACGCUUCGUACCAUAUUUGGGCUGAUGUCAGGGUCGGGUGCCUUGAGCGCCAAGGUUCUUUGCACCUCAGUUGCAGUUGCAUCUGGUCAGGACGAUCUCUUUCGCAGUUUCUAGUCACCUCGAAACCGGGUACUCGCCCUGCAGAGGCCACCAAACUUAGAAGCUGGCCUUUAGAUCGGCUCUGUAGGCCACAGACACCUGUCCGAGCUUGAUCUCGCGUACUCAAGCACUGAUCGUGUUAGCGGCAUCACUGCGAUGCCCACUAGGGUCUCCUCAUCUACGAAUGCUCCGUGCGACACGGGAGAACUCAUUCCUCUCAUCCAGAUUGACUGAAGACGUAGAACGAGGGUCUUUCCAUCCUGCCCUUAGGCUUCCACAUCUUGCAUUGCUGCAAGCCCCUAGUGCCCUGCGACCUCGUGAAUGUGUGAAAAGGGAUGGUUCUGUGGAAGACAACUCAAGCUGCUUCUCCAAGACGUAGCAUCUACCCUGUACUCGCGAAAAACUUAUGUCCAGAAUAGUGGUCCGUAUGUACUGUCGCAUGGAGCCCAUGAUUGCGUAGAGGUAGGUGUAUUUGUGAGAGUUUACCACGACGAGAGGGUUGACAAGUGAGGGCCAGACAUCAACGAGAACAUCAAAACGCCGAACACCCCCGACCUCUGUUCGUGAACUCUAUUCUACACGAAUGAAAACGCGUUGACAGUGAAUCAAAUCCGUGAGUAGCUGUGAAAGUAGGCCUUCCGGUCGCGUUGUCCACAAGUUCACGUCUCUGUUUCAGGCUGGUAGGCUUCAAGACUGAGGAAAUGAAAAUUGAACCAUUUUGCCGCA